GCAGUUCUCCCUCACGAGAUUGCUCCUUCUUGCAACUUUAUAUUGCAUAUAUAAGGGUCCCGGUUGGUACAACGAUGUACAUCCCUUACCACUUCCCCUCCAUCCACCACAAAUAUGUCCCCCGUCGCGCUUCAGGUGCAGCGUGCAGUCGUCCUUCAUGGUGCUAAAGAUCUUCGUCUCGAAGAACGUCCGUUCUGGCCUCCUCAUUACAACCACGUACAAGUAGCAGUGCGCUCAACCGGACUAUGCGGAAGUGACUUGCACUAUUAUCUGGAGGGUCGGAAUGGUGAUUUCGCACUCCAAGCACCUCUCGUCCUCGGCCAUGAAUCGGCGGGUGUUAUCACUGCUGUCGGUCCGGGUGUGAAGAAUCUUAUUCCUGGACAACGCGUUGCAAUCGAGGCCGGUAUAAUGUGCACAGAGUGCAGUUAUUGCCAGGCUGGCCGCUACAAUCUUUGUAAGGGUAUGCGCUUCGCCAGCAGCGCGAAGACCUUCCCUCAUCUCGACGGGACCCUACAAGACCGGAUGAACCAUCCGGCGCACGUUAUUCAUCCACUUCCUGAUAACUGCAGCUUCGAACAAGCCGCCUUGGCUGAACCGCUGUCAGUUUUGAUACACGCCGGUAGACGAGCCAAUCUUGGUUCAGGUCAGCGUGUUCUCGUGUUUGGUGUGGGUUCCAUUGGUGUCCUCGCUUGUGCACUAUCCAACGCAUAUGGUGCCUCGCGGGUCGUUGCCGUUGACAUCAAUGAAGCGCGACUGAACUUCGUGAAGUCGCACGGUUUCGCUUCACAAACGUACUGCUUGCCUAUGGGCGAUAAGGCUAAAACAACCGAAGACCAGCUUCGACGUGCAAAAGACAACAUCACGGCUGCCUUGCUCAAAUUCAACGAGCCUGAAGGCUUUGACGUAGUCUUCGAAUGCACGGGCGCUGAGCCCUGCAUUCAGAUGUCGAUUUACCGCUUACUCGCGACUUUCCAGGCUGCUGUUGCUGGUGGCAAAGUUAUGCUGGUCGGAAUGGGAUCACGAAAUGUCAUGCUUCCGCUCUCCGCGGCAGCCCUGCGUGAAGUAGACAUUCACGGGUCCUUCCGUUACGCCAACACAUACCCUGAGGCUAUCAAGCUGCUCGCAUCAGGUAAACUUCGCAAUAUCGAAAAACUUGUAACACACCGCGUCCCCUUGGAAGAUACUGCUCGAGCUUUUGAAUUAUUAGCUCGCGGCAAAGACGAGGAUGGAAAUAUGGUUAUCAAGAUUAUGGUUGGACCUUCAUCAUAA